UUUCAGAAACUGGAGACGAUAUUCAGAAGUGCGUUACGGUAUGGCACCUUUAACAUCAAAGAAAGUCAACGAACCAGAGAAGGCGAAAAAAGAGGGAGAAAUAGAGCUUGAAUUUGAAAUAGCACAGCUAAAAUUACGAAUUCGAGAGCGUGACCGAACAAUAUUCGACUUGGAAGAAGAGAUCCGAGGCAAAGAUGCUAUUAUUGUUGACAAGUGUCAGCUUAUCGAACGCCUUGAGCAAUCCCACUUUGAGCGAUCUUCACCUGACCAGGACUCUCUGGAAGAAACAUCAGAAAGUACCGUUCGAUGUGUAAAUGAAAACGAGAGCGAUGCUGUGGAAACGGAACAGGAAGUACAAUUACUGCAAGAAUUAGAAGAAGAACGAAAGUCCAGAGUGAAACUUAUGGAGCAAAAUGAACUUCUAUUACAGCAAUGGGAUGAGGCACUAGCUUAUGUUGAAGAGGUACAAAAGAUGCUCCAGGCUGAGCUGAAGCGGACCAGCACACUUAUUGACGAAAAUGCCACUCUCCGAAAGCGUAUCAAUGAAACAGUGGUCAUUUCUAAAAAUGGUAUACAAUUCGUGACACUCCUACUUAUUCUAUCCAGUCUUUAUUUAUACUCAUGGAGUUAGUCCAGCAACAACCAUGACUUAGCAGAUGUUCCGCC